UCUUCUUCUUCUUCUUCUUCUUCUCUUUCAGUAAAGCACACUGCACCAACAUCAUCGGAGCGAAAACUACGAAUCGUCCGUACAGACGUGAUCUUGAGUGUUUUCUCUCUUUCACCUCUUGAGCUUCUCUCUUGCAGUCAGCCAUGGCGACCGUGAUGCAGAAGAUUAAGGACAUCGAAGAUGAGAUGGCAAGGACUCAAAAGAACAAGGCAACUGCCCAUCACUUGGGCUUGCUCAAGGCUAAACUUGCAAAGUUACGGAGAGAACUCCUUACACCUACAUCAAAAGGAGGUGGUGGUGCUGGUGACGGUUUUGAUGUUACUAAAAGUGGAGAUGCAAGAGUUGGUCUGGUGGGUUUCCCAUCAGUUGGGAAAUCUACACUUUUGAAUAAACUGACAGGAACCUUUUCGGAGGUUGCAUCCUAUGAAUUUACCACCUUAACUUGCAUCCCGGGUGUGAUCGUGUACCGAGGAGCUAAAAUUCAGCUUUUGGAUCUUCCCGGAAUUAUUGAGGGUGCAAAGGAUGGGAAGGGUAGAGGAAGGCAGGUGAUCAGUACUGCUAGGACAUGCAAUUGCAUUUUAAUUGUUCUCGAUGCAAUAAAACCAAUAACUCACAAACGUUUAAUAGAGAAGGAACUUGAGGGAUUUGGUAUAAGGUUGAACAAAGAGCCACCUAAUCUGACAUUCAGGAAGAAAGACAAGGGUGGGAUUAAUUUCACCUCAACAGUUGCCAACACACUUCUGGACCUUGAUACUGUGAAGGCGAUAUGUAGUGAAUACAGGAUUCACAAUGCCGAUAUUACUCUUCGGUAUGAUGCAACUGCUGAUGAUCUAAUAGAUGUCAUUGAGGGUAGCAGGAUAUACAUGCCUUGCAUCUAUGUUGUCAACAAGAUUGAUCAGAUUACACUUGAAGAAUUGGAGAUUUUGGAUAAACUCCCUCACUAUUGUCCAAUCAGUUCUCACCUUGAAUGGAACCUUGACGGUUUGCUUGAUAAAAUUUGGGAGUAUCUUAGUUUAACUCGUAUUUACACCAAGCCCAAAGGGAUGAACCCUGACUAUGAAGACCCUGUGAUUCUGUCAUCAAAGAAGAGGACAGUUGAGGAUUUCUGCGAGCGAAUUCAUAAGGACAUGCUUAAGCAAUUUAAAUAUGCUCUGGUUUGGGGGUCUAGCGCGAAACACAAGCCCCAGAGAGUUGGCAAGGAGCAUGAGCUGGAAGAUGAAGAUGUCGUCCAGAUUAUAAAAAAGUUGUGAUUGUCGAAAUUAAAUAGACGGUACGUGUACUGGGUCAUAUUCGUCCUCAGUCCUCAGUCCGUUUAGGGAACCAAAUUUUCGCCUCUCCUUAGCUGUCUUAGAGCCCACAACAUUGUUUUUCUCAUGUGUUUUCUAUUUCUUAUAUGGACUUUGGAGUAGUACUUUCUUGGGGACA